AUGCAGAAUCCAACUGCUCAGCCUCAAGACGAGGACCAGUCGAAACGCGCCGUUGAUGUGGAAGCCGGUGAAAGCGAGGAUGCGAUUAGAGCGUCGAGAAGUAGCUGGUGGCUACGGUCCUGGAAGGACACGAUAAACGAGCGUGCAAACAAGAAGCGAGAGCAGAGGAGUCGUAAAAAGGAAGAAAAUGAGAUGAUAAAGGCAAUAGUGGCGAUUCUCAAGAAGCCGUAUUCCGUAGAAGUGAGCGACUUCCCAUCAGGUUACCCGCUACAAGCAGCCUUGCAGUCAAGCACACAUGAUUUUGCCAUCUAUCGCAAUUUCAGUUAUCUGCAUUCCCGCGUCGUACUUGAGCUUCAAGAUCAACUUCGCGAACUCGAGGGACGACUCCACAUGCUGGACAAAUUACAUUCCGAGUCUGAAGAUCCAGAGCAGAGAGAGCGUGUCACUUCCCGUGUCAAAGAUAUGGAGGCUGCUCAGAUGAGUCGUCCGGUUUCCAACGUAGUAGAUGAUACAGCGACCGACGUAUCAGUACACAGAGCAGAGAGAUCUCAAGAAUCUGACUUGGUCGAACAACUGGAUCAAAAGCCUAUGCUCAGCGAAAGAGCCGCACUCCUCGAGAAGAUCCAACAGAAGCUCGUGAGGUAUGAUGAGGUCCUGGUGCAUGCUCGCAGGCUUGCCGAAUUCCAAAGGCCAACCGACGACGAGUGGCUGAACCUUCGAAAAUGGUACUUCAACCGCCAGACUCUGAGUUCGGACGAUGAAGACGGAUUCAUCAGGAUGAAACAUGACCUUAUCACCUUGAAACCGAGGACUGAGUCUGGCAAGAUCGAUGACUGGAUCAGACGUCUCCUUGUUAUUCUGGGUAAGGGGAAAAUCACUGUGAGUAUCUCGUGA